GGCGCACCGCGACCCGGGGACGCGUUAGUAAGUGGCUGCCGUUGUCUGACUUCCGGUGAUGAGGAAGCUGAGCUUCCGCGGGAGCCGGCCGGCUGGAUGGAACAAAAGUGGGACUUGGAAAAUGUUGCCCUGUAAGAAGAGAAGAACUACGUUGACAGAGUCCCCACAACAUCAGGGCAGCCAGGAGGAAGAUGACUUAGACCUUCAGUCAGCUGUUAAACCAGAAUCUGACCAAGUUAAAGACCUGGGGUCAGUGUCCCUGUCCUGGAGUCCAAGUCAUGGCAGAGCAGCUGACCUUGAAGUGCAGGUUGCCAGAAUUCAGCUUGGUAUGGAGGACCCAUCUUUGAGCUCUAGGAUGCUCACCGACAGCACAAAUGUUGCAGUUCUGGAAGCUGUGGAUGUGGCCAUCUCUCAGGGAAUCACCCUACCUUCCUUGGAGUCUUCCCAGCCUGUAAAUACACACAUUGGUAAAGGAAAACUUCAGGCCACUAGCUCAAGGAGAGGGAAGAAAAUUACACUCAGACCUGGGUCGGUUACUCAAGAAGACAGAGGCGAUCAUCCUAUCCCAAGGGAACUUUUUUCAGAAAAGCCUAGUGAAGAAGUCAAGGAAGAAGGAGAGAAGGCAAAUGAUGACAAUCCAGAAUAUAAUUUCCUGGAAGAACUUGAUGAACCAGAUGCAAAGGAUUUCUGCACUGACCAGGCAGUAAGAAUCACCAAAAAGGACAUGAAUGAACUGAUGGAAGAGUCGUUUGAAACUUUUCAAGAUGAGAUGGGAUUCUCCAGCAUGGAAGAUGAUGGCCCAGAAGAGGAGGGACGUGUGGCUGAGCCUCGGCCUAACUUUAACACCCCUCAAGCCUUACGAAUCCCCAAGGACAAAGGAGCCUGGUGGCCCAUGGUAGGAAGGAACUGGAUGUGUUUUGGAUCCGUGAAAAUAUUCAAAUCCAGCCAUCUCCCUGUGGGGGAUAGGUUUGAGGAACCACUGGCCAACUUACUAAAUGAGCAAUAUCACACCAUGAAGGAGCUACUUGAACAGCUGAAGAUGAAAAAAUCUUCAGCCAAACAGCAGCAGGAAGUAGAGAGGGUUAAACCCCAGAGGGAAAAGGUUCAUCAGACGAUUCUAGACCCAGCACAGAGGAAGAGGCUCCAGCAGCAGAUGCAGCAGCAUGUUCAACUCAUGACACAAAUUCACCUUCUCACCAGUUCCAACCCCAGUCUCAGUUCGCAGGCCAGUACCACCAGGAUAUUUCUUAAAGAGCUGGGAACCUUUGCUCAAAGCUCCAUCGCCCUCCAUCAUCAGUUCAACCCCAACUUGCAGACCUUGUUCCAACCCUGUAACCUGAUGGGAGCUAUGCAGCUCAUUGAAGACGUCAGCACACAAAUCAGCGUUGACUCAAGUCCUCGUAAAACUGUCAUGAAGACUGCCUAUAGAUUGCCCUAUUUGCCAAAGCAAGUGGCUUGGAUCCUAGCCACAAGCAAGGUUUUCAUGUAUCCAGAGCUACUUCCAGUGUGUUCUCUGAAGGCCAAGAAUCCCCAGGUUAAGAAUUUCUUCACCAAGGCAGAGGACAGUGUCCCCGCCCCCUUCUGUUUGUUGGCUUUAGGCCUGAAGCACUUUGAAGGGACGGAGUUUCCCAAGCCUCUGAUCAGCAAGUACCUUCUCACUUGCAAGACUGCCCACCAGCUGACAGUGAGAAUCAAGAACCUCACAAUGAACAGAACUCCUGACAACAUCCUUAAAUGUUAUAAGAAGACCAAACAGCUGCCCAUCUUAGUGAAGUGCUGUGAAGAGAUCCAGCCGCAUCAGUGGAAGCCGCCUGUAGAGAGGGAGGAGCACCGGCUUCCGUUCUGGUUAAAGGUACAGCCCUCCUCCUCGGUGUGUCGGGAGCAGAAGGUCACCAUGAGCCAUCUACCGUCCAUCCAGGAGGAACUGCGGCACAUAGCUGGUGGUGUCAGAGAGGUAGGAAAUGUGACCGGAACCACUGAGAUCAACUCAGACCCAGGCCUGGGAAAAGGCAGCUCAGAACUGGAGAGUGAAACUCGGUAUCCACUGCUACUGCCUGAGGGUGUAGUCCUGAAGCUGAAGCCAGUUGCCAACCGUUUUUCUAGGAAUGCCUGGAGACAGAAGCCGCUGUCAGCCCUGAAACCUCUCCUUAUCAGACCCAGCCCCUGUUUCCUGCCUAGCUUCAGCUCUGAGAUAACACCAGCUAAGUCAUCUCACUCAGAAGCCCCUCCAAGCAAAAUGGUGGUCCGGAUUCCUCCCCUGAUCCAGCCAGCCACGGUCUUACAGGCAGUGCCAGGUGGCCCUCCUCUGGGGGCCCCCGGGGGGGACAGUUUUGAGUCUCCAGCAGCACUGCCAGCUGCAGCUGCUGAGGCCAGGACCAGCUUCCCUCUGCCUGAGCCGCAGACCCUGCUGUCCUCCGCCCCUGUGCCGAAGCUAAUGCUGCCUUCACUUGCUUCUUCGAAGUUUCGAAAGCCAUGUGUGAAACGGAGAGCCUCCAAGAGAAAGGGACCCAAGGCCUCUCUCUGUCUGAAGCCUGCCCCUCUCAUCCACCCUGCGCCCGUGUUCUUCACUGUUCCCGCCGCGACCGUGAAGGUUGUGAGCCUCGGCAGCGGCUGCAACAUGGUGCAGCCCGUCAGUGCAGCGGUGGCCCGGAGUCCUCAGACCAUCCCCAUCACCACCCUGCUGGUUAACCCUACUGCCUUCCCCUGUGCGUUGAACCAGCCCCUUGUGGCCUCCUCCAUGCCCCCCUUAAUUGUCUCUGGCCCCUCUGUGAAUCUCUCUGUACCAUCCACCCCUGAAGAUAAAGCCCCCGUGAAUGUGGACACAGGUUGUCCUUUGGCUGAGGGGAAAAAUGCCUUUCCAGGCCUCGAACCCAAACUAGAACCUCGGGAACCGUCUCCUGUCUGUGCUGCUGUCUUCCCCAAAGAGGAGCACAGCCCAGGGCCUCUAGCUACAGACAGAGCGUGCCAGGAGCAGCUGUCGGAGAGCAGUGCCUGUGGCUGGACCACUGUGAAAACGGAGGAGGGGAGGCAGGCCCCUGAACCCCUGCCUCAGGGCUUCCGGGAAUCUCUGCACACUUGCCCUGAGGAUUUAGAGGAGAUCGUUAAGACGGAACCUAAAGACCCUGGGGAGGACAUCUAUGGUAGAUCCCUGGAUCAAGAUAUCCAUUAUGAAGUCAAAGAACCCUGGGAACUGGACACUGGCUUCCCAAGUGAGGAGUCAAGAGGGUCUAGAGAGGUGAGAACAGGCCUACAAGAGGAGGAGGAGUCAUCCAGCUCUAAUAAAAUCCUUUCAGCUUCUCAUGAGCCUCCUGAUGUAGGAAAUUCAAGAGAUGUAACCAAAAGGUCCCCAAGGGAUACUUCAUCCUCCACUGACCCUGAAAUGAGCCCCCCAAGGAAGGUGGUGCUUCCUUCCCCAAGGAAGCCUGAAGACUUAUCCAGAGUUGAUGGUCAGUCAGUGGGACCCAGCUGGGCCAGAAACUGCAGGGAGAAGGAUGGGCCAGAGGAAGAAGAGGACUUUGACGACCUUACCCAGGAUGAGGAAGACGAGAUGUCAUCAGCUUCUAAGGAAUCUGUGCUCUCUGUCCCAGAACUCCAGGAAACAAUGGAGAAACUGACUUGGUUCACAGCUGAAAAGUACAUGAGUCAGGAGGGUGAGUCUGAGGAAGAGAACUCCCAGAAGACAACUCAGCCUGAGAAAGAAGAGUAGGAAGAGGCAGAAAGUAUGGAAAUCCUGCAGAAAGAGGAUGAAAUGAUGGAUGAAGCCAUUGGAGACCUUGCCAAGAAGCCACCUGUUAGCUGUGCCUCCCCGAAGGCCGCUCCAGAAGUGGAGACCAGCAGGACCCCACUGGGAGAGAGCAUCAAAGCUGCAGGAAAGGGCCGGAGUAAUCAUCGCGCUCGCAGCAAGCGGGGCAGUCGGGCCCGGGCCAGCAAGGACACCGCCAAGCUGCUGUUACUGUAUGAUGAGGACAUCCUCGAGCGAGAUCCACUCCGGGAGCAGAAGGAUUUGGCCUUUGCUCAGGCUUAUCUGAGCAGGGUCCGAGAAGCCCUGCAGCACAUCCCUGGCAAGUAUGAAGACUUCCUUCAGGUCAUCUAUGAGUUUGAGUCAAGCACUCAGAGGCAGACAGCUGUGGAUCUCUACAAGAGCCUGCAAAUUCUGCUCCAAGACUGGCCUCAGCUGUUGAAGGACUUUGCUGCUUUCCUGUUACCUGAGCAAGCACUGGCCAGUGGAUUAGUAAGUAGAGAGGGGGGCAAAGACCACACACUAGGAUCCCUGGGUCAGAGCAAGACUAGGCUUGGGUAGUGUUGAUCAGGACUGUUCCAGACGCCUGGCUGUUUCCAUAGAUAGCUUUCCCUUAGUCCAGGGUCACAAGAGCCUCCUCCUUUUCAAGGGAUGGUCUCCCCAACUCCUGUUAUCUCCAUAUAGAGUGAAGGGUUUGACCUUUGUUGCCAGUGGAGACCUUAGGUACAUCGUAACUCUGCACCUCACUGUUGCAAAAUAGGCUUUUGUUCAACAAAUAUUUAUUAAGUACCUGCUGUUUCAGGCAGAGUUCUAGGUAUUGGAAUGUAGUAAUUAUAAAAUAAUAAAAUCCUUGCCUUCAUGGAGCUUAUAUUCUCAUGGGGAAAGUCAAGUAGUAAACAGAAUAUUGUAUAUUGAAAAAAUAUAUAUAUUAUAAAAAUGAUAAAAUAUAUAAACAGUAAAAAUAUAUCUUGCUUUAUAGUGAUUAUGUUGCAGUUUUAUACACAGUGGUCUGGGAAGGCCACUAUGGUUAGGUAACAUUUGAAAUGUUUGAGAAUAAGUGUUUGAACUUGAAGCAUAUCCCAGUAGUUCUGAUUUUCUUGUCAUGAUGGGUAAACACAGGAAUAAAGGAUAUGAUAUUAAACUGAUAGUCUUUAAACAGUUAAAUGGUGAUCAGAUGAUUAUACAUAAUUUUCUGUAUUAUUAUGAGGAUCAAAUGAGUAUAUAUGUGAGAAUUCUCUGUAGACUGUGAAAUGUGUCUGAUUGCACAGUUCUGGAAACAGUAAGCAACUUGAGAUAUAUAACUCUGGAAUCUUUGAUUUCCAUUUUAGUUUUCUUGUGUUCACAGACCCCAGAAACCCAAGGUGGAUAGAUGCUAGGGUCUUAAGAAAGAUCUCACAAGGAAUUCUCUGGUGGUCCAGUUGUUAGGACUUGACACUUUCACUGCUGGGUCCCAGGUUUGAUCCCUGGUUGGGGAACUAAGAUACCACAAGCUGCCUGGUGAGGCCAAAAAAACAAAGAUCUCAUCUUUGUAAACCAGAGCCUGUAACCAGGAAAGGUUAAUUUUGGCUUCAUGCUUGAUCUAUGACUUUAACCCUUGUUUUUGCUAUUUUUGUUAUUAUAAGCAUAUGUAACGGUCUGCCUCAGAGAACCCUGUCCCAUCUGCCUGACUCUUAAACAAAAAUACCUUUGUUUAGCUCACAGAGAGAUAAUCUGACCCUGCCCACCUGUGAAUGACUGUAAGGAAGAACUAAUACCUCGCCCUGCCUGAGGCUUGCCAUUCUAGGAGAUACUUGCAAGAAUUAAAUGAUCUUCUUACUUUGUUUCCUCAUCUCACUCAUCUCUGAUUCAUAGAAGAACCUGGCA